UAGUUUAAUAAUAGUAGAAUUAGAUUAAUUUAUUGCAAAAUAAUGUAGUGUUUUAAAUGUUUAAUUAAAUAGUGAAAUAAAAUGGCAAAUAACAACUAUGAAAGUGAGAGACGCGGUAGCAGAAACAGGGCGCUAGAAAGAUCGCUAAGCUACUCCGAAGCUAUAGGUAAUGGAUCUGGUCGUUCAUCCAUAGAAAUACCAAGAAUGGCUCACACAGAAGUUUACACUAAUGAAGAAAUGAAGAAACAAUUCAGAAUAUCGCAGACAUACGUAGAAGGGAAAGAAAUAGCUUUUCCUAAUGUAACAACUAACGUUGAUACAAAAGUACCGAUAAAUUUUGAUGGCGGACACAUAUAUAGUUCUCAGUCUAGCGAGGAUGAACAUACUGACGAUGGUAUUAUAAUGACGAUUGAUGUUGAUACAGAAAGUCCGAAAUCGUCUGAAAAGAGGAACAUUUCUGAUGCAUCAACGCAGCCUUUGGUUGGGUCUAAUUCACCCAAUGAUACCUUUGAUAGUAUAGAACGAGCAGACACGUUUAAUGAUAGCACCUACAAUGAACCGACGACUUUUGGAUAUGCUACACCGUAUACUAGUCGAAAGAAAACGGGAAAGAAACGGAGACGUCAACACGGCAUUGGGAGACAGAUUCGUUCUAGAAGGGUUGUAUACAAGGGUGGGGAGGAAAAUGUUCCCAUUAGAAGCAAUAUACCCGCAAAGUCGAUGAAAUAUUUUAGAGAUAUUGUGAAUACAGUCAUAAACAGUAAAUGGCGAUACCUCAUACUCCUAAUGGUGUGUGCCCACUUCUUAUUCUGGAUGUUCUUCGCCAGCAUUUGGUAUGUGGUAUCAGCAUCAUAUCAGGAGGAUAUUGGUGAUGGAAAGGAGCACUGUGUGACCGGUACUUCAUCCUUUGCGGGUAUGCUUAUGAUGGCUGUAGAGACUCAGAUGACAAUCGGGUAUGGAGUUCGGUUUCCCAACGAAGAAUGUCCUGAAGCGAUCAUAGUCAUGGUUCUAGAGAUUGUGGCAGGAACAGCACUAUCCGGAGGAUUAACUAGUUUAUUGUUUACGAAACUCGUACGGCCAAAUAAACAUGUGUCUUCUGUUGGGUUUAGUAAGAAGGCUACGGUUUGUCUUCGAGACGGGAAAAUGUGUUUACAGUUUCGUGUCUGGGAUCUGAUGAAUGUGCAUUUAAUUGGCAGCUCCAUCACCGCUUAUUUAUUGAAACCUAUUAGAACACUAGAAGGGGAACUAGUACCAAACUACAUUCACCAGUUGAAACUAAAAGAAGCGACGUCCUUCCUCCUCUGGCCAAUCGUAGUUGUUCAUGAGAUAGACCAUGAGAGUCCCUUGUAUGAUCUGUCGGCUCAAGAUAUGAUGGAUUAUAGGUUCGAGAUUGUUGUAUGUUUGACUGGAUCGUCAAAAAGCAUGGGAACAGUCACGCAAAGCCGAACGUCGUACUUGUCAAAGGAAAUCAUUUGGGGAUAUCGCUUUAAAAAUAUUUUGAAAUACUCAAAAAAAGACGAAGCGUACAUCAUCGACACAGAAAACCUGAACACAGUAGAGCAAGUAGAAACGCCUCUCUGCAGCGCGAGUAGACUAAAAGAAUUCGAAGAAGACAUGAAGUCAGAACAAAUUCUGUCGACUCCAGACCUUUCUGUGUCCCCGACGAUAAUAUCAUUGAAUAGAGAAGAUUCUAUUCUGUCAAAAACUGGGGAAUCUGUGACGUCAAGCCCUUCGUUAAAUAGAACUGGCACACAGAGGAGUUAUGGGUGGAAUUUUAAACGGUUCUAUCCAAAAAGACAGGACAGGAGUGGGGUGGAGUCGUGAUUUUUUUUGUAUUAUUUUAUGACAAUUAUGAAAUUUUUAAUUAUUUAUUUAAUUUUAUUACAGACACAAUUUAUAAAACAACUUUAUUGUCCAUUUUAAUUGUGACCUUCGCUUUGACAAACGUAAAAUAUUAUAUAGUUAAGCUUGUAUAUUAUAUACCCACACAAAAAGGCGGUAGUUUAUAAAACUUUCGUAUUAUUUACCAUACAAAAGGAAUUUAACUAUGAUCAAUUAUUUUUUAUGGUUCUUGUCUUCUAUGAUUUUUUAUGAUCGAAUUUAUAUCUUCUAGUUUUUCUUUUAAAUUUU